AUGGAUGUUGUUCAAGCCGUCUCCGGUUACAUCACCAAGAUGAUAUCGACCGGUGAUAGCACGACGGGGACGCAGUCGGCCAAGAUGAAGAUCUUGCUCUUGGACAGAGACACCGUCCCAAUCCUGUCAACAGCCGUUACGCAGUCGACCUUACUGAACCACGAGGUCUACUUGACCGACCGUCUGGAUAAUGUCAACCGGGAGAAGAUGCGCCACCUGCGAUGCUACUGCUUUGUGCGCCCAUCUCCGGAUUCCAUACAGUUCCUGAUCGACGAACUGAGGGAACCAAAGUACGGAGAAUACUACCUAUACUUUAGCAACGUUGUCAAGAAGUCAUCCCUGGAACGACUAGCCGAGGCGGACGACCACGAAGUUGUCAAGGCCGUCCAGGAGCACUUUGCCGACUUCAUCGUCAUCAACCCAGACCUCUUUUCCCUCAACCUCACCCUGCCGCAGAAUAGAUUAUGGAGUACCGAUCCUAACAUGUGGAACGCAGACUCGCUGCAACGCGCCACGGAAGGGAUUCUCGCUGUUCUUUUGGCUCUGAAGAAGAAACCCCUGAUCAGGUACCAGAAGAGCAGCCUGAUGACCAAGAAAUUGGCCACUGAGGUGCGAUAUCACAUGACGCAAGAGAGUCAGCUUUUUGACUUUCGGAAGGUCGAUACCUCGCCCAUACUGCUCAUACUUGACCGACGCGAUGAUCCUAUAACACCGCUCCUGAGCCAGUGGACAUACCAAGCCAUGGUCCAUCAGCUUCUUGGUAUCAGGAAUGGACGAGUAGAUCUCAGCGAUGUGGGCAAUGUCAAUCCUGACCUGAAGGAAAUCGUCUUGUCGCAAGACCAAGACCCGUUCUUCAAAAAGAACAUGUACUUGAAUUUUGGCGACCUGGGAUCCAACGUCAAGGACUACGUUGAGCAGUUCCAAACAAAGCACAAGAACAACGUCCAGCUCGAGUCCAUCGCAGACAUGAAGCGCUUCGUGGAGGAAUACCCCGAGUUUCGAAAACUAUCGGGAAACGUGAGCAAACAUGUUCAUCUGAUGUCGGAGCUGAGUAGGCGUGUGGGUGAGGAGAACCUACUCGAGGUAAGCGAGUGUGAGCAAAGUUUGGCUUGCAACGACAAUCACGCAGCAGAUCUCAAGAGUGUUCAAAAACUCAUUCAAAACCCGGCAGUAACGGCUGACCACAAGGUUGGUCUCGUGACCUUGUAUGCUCUACGAUAUGAGAAGCAUCCAUCCAGCGCGUUGCCGAUGCUCGUGGAUCUACUGGUUGCAGCAGGCGGUGUCUCUCCGCGAAGGGCAGACUUGGUAACCAAGGUCCUCCACUACCAGAACUCGGUCUCGCAGUCCCAGGCCGCAGGCGGCAUAACGGACAUCUUCGAGUCAACAGGGAUCUUUUCAGGGGCCAAGGCCUUCAAGGGGUUGAAGGGUGUUGACAACGUCUACACUAUGCACUCACCCAGGUUGGAAAUGACGCUGCAGAAUCUCAUCAAAGGCAAGCUUCGGGACCAGCAAUACCCUUUUGUCGAGGGAGGUGCCACGACAAGAGACAAGCCCCAGGAUAUCAUUGUGUUCAUGGUCGGGGGUGCCACGUACGAGGAGGCAAAGACGGUUGCAGGAAUUAACGCCUCGACACCCGGGGUAAGGGUGGUCCUGGGUGGAACAACAAUACAUAAUGCGGACAGUUUCCUGGAGGAGGUGGAAGAUGCUGUGAUAAAUUUCGACGUCGUUGUCAUCGGUGGCGGACAUGCCGGAGCCGAAGCCUGCGCGGCCGCGGCCCGAGCCGGCGCGCGAACGGCCCUCGUUACACCAAAGACGGACAACCUCGGCACCUGCUCUUGCAACCCGAGCAUCGGCGGCAUCGGGAAAGGCACCAUGAUCCGCGAGAUCGACGCGCUCGACGGCCUGGCCGGCCGCGUGGUCGACAAGGCCGGCGUGCAGUUCAAGGUGCUUAAUCGCAAAAAGGGACCUGCCGUCUGGGGACCGCGCGCCCAGAUCGACCGCGAGCUCUACAAGAAGCACAUGAGGGAGGAGCUGCUUUCGUACCCGAACCUGGAUGUCGUGCUCGACAGCGUGGACGACAUCAUCGUCGGCGAGAACCCGGACCCGAGCACCGGUGCCAAGGGCAAGAUCAAGGGCGUGAGGCUCGCGUCCGGGGAGGAGAUCAGGACGAACCAGGUCGUCAUCACGACGGGGACCUUCCUGGGCGGGGAGAUACACAUUGGGCUGGAGGCCUUCCCGUCAGGUCGCAUGGGCGAGGCUGCGACGUUUGGGUUGAGCAAAUCUCUGAGAGACGCCGGGUUUCAGCUUGGAAGGUUAAAGACCGGCACGCCGCCGCGUCUGGACAAAAAGACAAUCAACUUUGGCAUUCUUCAGGAACAUGGUGGCGAUGAGCCGCCGAUGCCAUUCAGCUUCAUGAACAACAGCGUCGCAGUCAAGAACCAACUGUUGUGCCACAUGACAUACACAAACCAAGCCUCGCACGACGUUGUGCGGGCAAAUUUGGACAAGACAAUACACAUCCGAGAGACGGUCAAGGGGCCGAGGUACUGCCCCUCUCUUGAGGCCAAGGUCAUUCGCUUCGCCCAAAGAGAUUCGCAUGUAGUCUGGCUUGAACCGGAAGGAUUCGAUACGGAUGUGAUCUACCCGAAUGGCCUAUCCAUGACUAUCCCUGCCGAGGCUCAGGAGCAACUUCUCCGGACCAUAGUUGGAUUGGAGAAGGUCAAGAUGUUGCAGCCAGGCUACGGGGUCGAGUACGACUACGUGGAUCCACGGUCACUUAAAUCAUCACUUGAGACAAAAGCCAUAUCCGGCUUGUUUUUGGCUGGCCAAAUCAACGGCACCACCGGCUACGAAGAAGCGGCAGGACAGGGCAUAGUCGCAGGUAUUAACGCCGGACGCGCCGCAAUGGGCCUGCCGGCGGCAACCUUGACCCGCGCCGACGGCUACAUCGGCAUUAUGAUCGACGACUUGGUAACCAAGGGUGUCUCGGAGCCCUACCGCAUGUUCACCUCACGGUCCGAGUUCCGCAUGUCUACCCGCGCCGACAACGCCGACUCGAGGCUGACGGCCCGCGGUCGCGCCUGGGGGGUCGUGUCAGACUCACGCUGGGCGAGCUUCGAGUCGGAGCGUGAACAAAUAGGCGAACUGACCGAAGUGCUGGCCUCGAUCGCUCAGGGUGCUGAGUCUUGGCAGCGCGAUGGCUUCGAAUCGGUCCGCUCCUCCAGCAGCCCCAUCAACGGGCUCGAUAUUGUCCGCCGUGGCGUCGACAUCACCUCGGAUGAUGGCGUGCUCGCCAAGAAAUUCCCCAACCUGCACAAAUACUCGCGCAGGGUGAGGGAGCGCGUGGCCGUAGAAGCGGCGUAUGCCCCCUACGUCGCGAAGGACGAGAGGAUACGCGACCGGGCCUUGCGGGACGAGGGGCUAAUUCUGCCACCCAACAUCGACUACGACUCCGUGUCGGGAAUCAGCAUCGCAGAGAGGCAGGCCCUCUCCGCGACCAGACCUGAGACGAUGGGUCAAGUCAAGAGGCUGGAGGGUAUGACACCCGCGGGAGCCUUCAAUCUGCUGCUGUACCUUAGGCGGAAUCACGGGCAGAAAUCGGAUAGCAGCCGCAUUGUCUGGCCUGAGCAAGAUGCUGCUGCCGGGAUCGAGGAUGCAUCGCCCUUGGCUGCAUAG